AUGGCUUCGAGCCUCGGCCCGCCGUCCCCGCUGCUCGUGCGGGUGUCCCACCCCGGCACGCGCCUGGAAUGGAAGCUGGAAAAGUACUUCCAGAGCCGGAAAUCGGGCGGCGGGGAGUGCACCGUCGUGGCCCUGGACCGCAGCGACCCCAACUCGAACACCUUCCGGGUGCAGUUCAAGCAAAGGGCGGGUAAGGAUGGUGUGUUGAAAAAAGGAGAGCACCAAAUUGUGGUUGACAACCAACUUGUGACUAUUUUCCUGGAACCCAAUGAAAAUGCAGAAGAGAAGAAGACCAAAAUGUCUUCUUCGACACAGUCACAAAAAGGGGCAAGCCACGAUGAGAAGCCUCCAAAUGUAAAGGACAUUCAUAAUGACGUGGAUUCCUGUCUCCAGAAGAUCUUUCUUACUGUCAUGGCGGAACUGAACUGUCAACUGUUCUCUAAAGAGCAAAGGGAUCUCAUCACUGUUCACUGCCCCAACGUCGCACGAGUGAAGGACCAUGAUGGAACUGAGAAAAUCUGUGGUAACUUCAGAGAUAUUGAAAAAGUACAUGGCUUCUUAAGUGACCAGCUCCUGAAAAGGGAGCAGAAACAUGAAUCUUCCCCUUUGACAUCAGAGAGAGAGCCACUCAGUCAGCAGGACAGGAACAGCUGUGUUUCUCCCUUCGAACCAGAAAGCAGGUCAGAAGACAAAAGCAUCCAUUUUGAAGUUCCCUUGGCUUUCUUUGAAUACUUCACACACUCCUGGCCCGAUAAAAUAGCCUUCAUAGAGAAAAGAUUUGGUACAAAAAUAAUAAGUCAGGCAAGUUCUCCGAAUAUGGUCUAUAUAGACUUCACCUCCAGUCAAUCAGGUGACCUCGAAGCAGCUCGCAAGAAUUUUGUCGGAGAAUUUCAGAAGUGUGUAGAGACUCUGAAGCAGGAAUGUGUUACCCUAGCAGACAGUAAGCAGGCAACCAAAAUCAAAGAGGAGUUAAAUCACCAGUUUGCAAAGCUCCUCAUAAAGGAGAAAGGAGGAGAAUUAACUCUCCUUGGGACUGCAGAUGACAUUUCAGCUGCCAAACAUUUUCUUGCCUCAAAGAAUUUUGAAAGUUUUGUCAAGCCACCUGUGAAAAUAUUGACUCCUAAGGACAUGAUGAAGGGAAUUGAGGUUGAUACCACUCACUAUAAGCUUUUAGAAGCAGAAUUAUCCCAGGAGAUAUCAAAGAUAGAAAAAAAGUACGACACUCAAAGUAACAUUUUGGGGAUAAAUCAGAAAACCUGCAUUCGAUUUGAACCCAAAACCAAGGGAUUGGAUCUAUCCAUACAUGCUUAUUCAAGUUUCAUCGACACCUAUCAACAUGUCUCUUGUCAGAUUACGAGAGAAGUUCUUUCCCUGAAACUUUUGGGCAAGGAGAGAAAACACUUACAUGGGGCAAAGUUCUCUGAUGAUUUUAGGAAAAGGCAUCCAGAUAUAUACUUUGUGCUAAAUCAAGAGUCAAUGACUUUGAUUGGGUUGCCAAAUCAUCUUACAAAGGCAAAACAGUAUGUCUUAAACAGAUGUGGAGUGUCUCCAUCAGCUACAGAGAAAUGGAAUGAAACACUCAUGGACACUGAUAGUCAUAAUUCUAAAGCAGCUUCACCAACAUUGCAGCACCCCGCCAGUUCUGAGGUGUCAGAAGUGAAUAAGGAACAGGACACGUGUGUCAUCUGUUUGAGCACUGUUAGCAACAAACGAGUGCUCUCAAAGUGCAAGCAUAAAUUCUGCAGCCCUUGUAUCCAGGAAGCCUUCUCAUAUAAGCCAGUCUGUCCUGUGUGCCAGACUUCCUAUGGUGUCCAGAAAGGGAAUCAGCCAGAUGGAAGAAUGAGCGUCGUCGUUGUAAGAGAUUCACUUCCAGGUUAUGAACCCUGUGGCACCAUUGUAAUUACUUAUAAUAUUGAAGGAGGCAUACAAACAAAAGAGCACCCAAACCCAGGGUUGAGAUUUUUUGGAAUACAGCGAACUGCAUACUUGCCUGAUAACAAGGAAGGAAACGAGGUUUUGGCUCUGCUUCGUAGGGCCUUUAACCAAAAACUGAUUUUCACAGUGGGGGAGUCUCGAACGUUAGGAGUCUCAGGUGUCAUUACGUGGAAUGAUAUCCAUCACAAAACGUCCUGGACUGGGGGACCACAAAGGUAUGGUUACCCUGAUCCUCACUAUCUGAAACGUGUCAAACAAGAGCUGAAGGAUAAAGGAAUUGAGUAAAAAGACUGUAUUAAAAGGAUGUCUCAAGCCAAGUUUCCAAAAGGCGC